CGCGCGCCCAGGCUCCAGUCGUCAUCGUCUCGCGCACGCUCACGCCCUGUAUAGAUAUAUAAAAAAAAAGAGGCAAGGGCACAGCGCGUGCGACGUUUUCAACUAUUCAACUCUCUGUCUCUCUGUCUCCCUCUGCACGUGUGUUCGCGAUGAGCAGCGACGGCAGGAUCACGAGCGUUCACCGGGGCACGUUUGCGCACUCCACCCGGGACUCGGAGCUGCGCGUGCUCAAAGACUACGUGCUGGGAGUGAACGAGCACGGCAAGAUUGUCUUUUUUGAGGAAGGCAAGAAUGUGGAAAGCCUUCGCGAGAAGUGGGGCUUCAAACCCUCAGAUGUUAAACAGCUUGAGACUCAUGAGUUUUUCAUGCCGGGAAUGGUGGACACACACAUUCAUGCUCCGCAGUACGCCUUCUUGGGUACGUGCCUGGAUUUGCCACUUUUAGACUGGCUUAACAAAUACACUUUCCCCGUGGAGUCGAAGUAUAAGGAUCUGCAGUUUGCCAAGGAGGUCUACACCAAAGUUGUGAAAAGAACUCUGUGCAGUGGCACCACAACUGCAUGCUAUUUUGCUACAAUACACACUGAGGCCUCACUGCUGCUUGGGCAAAUUGCAAAUGACUUCGGGCAGAGGGCUUUUAUAGGGAAGGUGUGCAUGGACCAGAACAAUAUGUUGGAAAGCUAUAAAGAAUCGACUGAGGAAUGCAAAAAAGAGACUGAGCGUUUUAUCAAGGAAAUACAGGAUAAAAAGUUUGCUCAUGUGAAACCCAUAGUGACUCCGCGUUUUGCCCUAUCGUGUUCCUCUGCCCUGCUUAGCAGCCUGGGAGAAAUUGCCAAGAAAAAUGAUCUCCACAUUCAGAGCCACAUCAGCGAAAACAAAACGGAGGUGGAGGUUGUGGAAAGUCUCUUUCCAGGAAGCUCAUACACAGACGUCUACAAGGAGCAUGGCCUGCUUACAAACAAGACGGUGAUGGCUCAUGCGUGCCACCUGACAGAAAGUGAGCUGAAGACCUUCCAUGAAAGCGGAGCAGGAAUCGCUCACUGCCCCAACAGUAACGUCACCUUGAUUAGUGGCAUUCUUAAUGUUAAGAAGGUUCAAAAGUACAAUGUCAAAUUGGGCUUGGGCACAGAUGUCGCGGGUGGCUAUUCCUCAUCCAUGCUGGAUUCUCUUCGCCGCACUGUGGACUCAUCUAAAGUUUUGUGCAUACAGGGUGCUGAGACUCAGCCCCUCACCUAUAAGGAAGCCUUCCGCUUGGCUACAUUGGGAGGCAGUGAAGUGCUCUCAAUAGACGAUUGCACAGGAAACUUUGAGGUUGGAAAGGACUUUGAUGCCCUGCGUGUGAACGUCUGCGCUCCUGGAAGCCUGAUUGAUUUGUUUUCUGACGAUAAGGACAAAACUGAGGUUAUUUUAGAGAAAUUUCUACACUUGGGUGACGAUCGGAAUAUUGUCGAAGUCUACGUGGCUGGAAAACAAGUGGUGCCUUUCCCCAAAUCGUAACUUUGGGGAAUCUAGAGCCUCCUUGGGACCAAACUUUACCAACAAGUGGUGCCUUUCCAGGAGAUGCUAAAGUUGUGCUUAUAUCGUAUCUUAUGCAUCUUUUUUUUUAUUCAAUUAAAUUACACUUUUAUUUCUAAAGCCCUUUUAGCAAUAUACAUUGUUUCAACUCUGCUUAACAAAAUCAAAUUUAAAGAUUUAAAAUCACAUAUUUGUUUUACUCUACUCACUGCUUAUAAAAAAUAAAAGCAACAUUUUACAGUUU